AUGAGCACGGAUUCUGAAUUACAGGCCAAAUAUGAUGUCGCCGUCGAGCGUUACCAAGCUGCCAAACAGGAUGAGGCAGCUGCUAAGAAGGAAAGGGAUGAGAAAUGGGAUUUGGUAUGGAAGUCACAAUUGACCACCAAAGAGUAUUUUCUCGCUUGGGCAGAAAUAAACAAAACGGAAAUGACUUUUAUUGAAAGGGUUAAACAAAGGUAUGCUACUGAAUGUGAAAGAAAUUCGUGCUAUACAGAUUGGAUGAAAUACAGGCAUGGAGGUGACUCCAAGGAAACGCAAAUAGCCCAGCAUCGCGCAGAGUUGGCUCACACAAUGGAGGUUGUUUACAGUGAUUACUCUCCAUAUUGGAUAAAAUGGUACAAGUUGGAUUGCAAAGUUAGGUGGGUGUAUUAUCAGCUCAAGGCAGAAGGUUAUGACAACAUUGCAGAUGAGCUAGAUAGGUCAAGGAAAUUGUUUUGUGAUCGCAUAAAAGCCAAUGGUGAAGCCCUCUCUAAUGCCCGGAAUGCGGCCGUGGAAGCGUUAAAUAAAUGGGAACAAGAAGAUGAUCGUGUCGCCUGGGAUAAGGCCAAACCAGAGUACGACGCUGAGUUAGCCAAGUGGAAUCAGUUCAAACCCAAGGGUGUACAAUACGCGGAGAAGUUGGAGGAAAAAAUAUGUGAAUGUGCGAAAAACUCUUCAACAGGAUACACUAUUGGUAGUAAGUGUAAGAGUAGUGCGUUGAAGAAUGAAAUCGGUCAGAACAGUCAAACGAUUGAUGAUUUAAAUGCUCAACUGGACGAGAAGGAUCAACAGAUCGCUGCCUUAAAGGACGAAUUGGACCAAAAGAGUCGAGAAAAUGAUAUAUUGCAUGGAAGAAUAAGUGCACUAGAGGUGACAGUUGGAGACAUGAGUACUUUUACCAGGUCGAUAAUUCACAAGAAUCAAGCAUUGAUCAAUUGGCAAUGUAGACAGCUUGAAGAAUUCGAAUCUUUCGCACGCACAACAAUUGAGCAGGAGUGGCAAAAUUGGUUGGAAAGGAUGACGUCAUUAUAUGAAAACUUGGUAAAUUGGAUCCAGGAAAGAAUUGUUAAAAUGGCAGCAUUGGAAAAAGAGGAAGCUGCCGCUCGUAAUAAGUAUAAGCAUGAAUUUAAUGAUUCGGUCAAAGAAAUUGAGAAGCAUCACUUUGCGCUUAAGGAAAUGUUGAGUGGGCGGAUAUUUGAAUAG